AUGCAGAUUCUGUCUACGGCGUUGACCAAUAUCGAUCUUCUUGGCGCCUUCAAAACCGCGUUUUAUGUUGUUUUUUUCGGCCUAAUUACGCCUUAUUCUCCCCUGGUCAUGUUGGGCUCUACUCCGCUCAAUUUCAUCUUCCUCUCUAUACCCACUCUUUUGGCAUUAAUGAUCAUACUUACUUGGCUCAUCUUUCUUGUCAUUCAGAAGGGUCAACUUAGCUUAUUUCCUUGGAGUGAAGCUAUUCUUGGGCCUCAUAUCGCUUACAAUCCCAUCUUCCUCUCCUUUGCUAUCUCGCGUUGUCUAUCAAAUGCACCGUCCUUGGCCGAAAUUGUUUCAACUGAUGACCUCAACAUAGCCUCCCAGCUUUCUGCACGUCUCAUAGCCAUCUUCAUUUGCUGGUGGUUCUGGCGUCACCUUUUGUCAUUCGAUUGCGAUUCAUUAUUUUCCUACCUGGAACAAAGGUACAUGCGAUCCCGACCAUUGUCUUUUUGCUUCUUUGGCUGCCUCUUACUAACGAAUUUACAUUUGCUGAUCAACAUGAUUCCUGCCUGGCUGGCAUCUGUUGGCCCGCUCUACAAACGCCACUUUGUCGCUGUCCCUGUCACCUAUAUUCUUCUCUUGUCCUCCGCCCUAACUGGACUGUACGGCCUAAUUGUGAUUUCCAUCUUUACUGGGCUGUUGAACCUAGUCUUUUUGGCUCAUUUGCCCACAACACUGCCUGAUGCGUCUGUUCUGGAGGCAAAUGGCUUAACUGAACAGCUGAACGUUCAGCUGAAUAUCAGCUCGCGAUUCACCUUUCCCUUUUUGGGUCUCAACGUGACUGGAAGCUUUUCCGAGAAUGCCGACAGAGCACCCUGCUUCGCAUAUUUUCCAUUGACUCAUUUGCCAGAGUAUCUGAUUCAGUACCUCCUAGCCGAUCCUAUAUACUACAUAUUGCUACAUGCUCUGCAAUCAGCCCAGACGAGCUUUGACGGACGACAGUUCUCUGUUAAGCAGACGCGCCAACCAGCGACCCCUAGCCACAUUACAGAGACUGAGGCCAUGGCUGACCGAGGGGCCAAUUUGUCUGUCUGGCGACCUGCAAGUGUGCUCAGUCUAGCAAUCUUAAUCCAUCUGAUAGAAUGGAUUUUAGCUUGGGUUGCUGGGAUUAAGAUCCGCAGUCUGCUGGCCGCCACUCAAGUUCCGGUGCCCUAUUGGCUGUCGGCCACCACUCUCGUGCGCAGAUCUCUAUCACCUGUCGGUACCUCGUCUUCUGACCACCGCAACCAACUGUCGGAAGCCCCAUCAGAUGAUUGGGUGUCGACUGAUCUGGAUUUUAUGGCUUGGUUACAAGCUCAAAUCUGCCUUAUGCAGCCGUUACUUUUGCUGAUCAGCCUGCGUAUUCAUCUGUUAUCCCGUCAUUUGGUCAACGAGCUUCUACCCUCCUGGUUUUUGCUAGGACUGAUCGACUCCACUCCGAUUGAACCACUGAACCCUGGCCUCCAGAAGGCUUCUUUUACAUUCACUGGCUCAAAUGCUACAAACGGUGGACUUCACACAGUAGCUGAGCCUACUUCGCAUCCGGCUAGAAUUUCCUUCCUGCAGAUCCUUGUUAGCAUAGGUUUAUUGAUUCCGGUACAUCUUUUGCUACUCAUACUUCUUCCUCCUUGGCUCAUUGACUCAUGGAUGACCCCACAUUAUAGCUUCUCUGCGGCAUCUCUUUUUAAUAAUUCCACCAUCAAUAAUUCUUGUAUUGAUAACCAGUUUGGAGCUAAACUCCCAUCCUUCCUAGAGACUUUGCUUCGGCUAGCGCCCUCAUUUUUUAUAAUGCAACCUGGGUGCUUAAUUAAUUCAUUUAAGCGCUGCCCCUGCAUUCUUGCCGCAAGCGUGGGUCUUAUUUUACUUGGCCCCUUGAUUUCGCAACGUCGGUUAUGGUUUAUUCCUGCCUUACUGGCCUGGCUCCUUAGCUCCUUCAUCUGCCUGGCUAUUGCGGCUUUACAUUUAAGGCUUAAUCAGAUCGAAGCGACCGGUGUCUCUUCUCUUACCUCGAUUGCGACUUCCACUUUGAACGAUGAUCUUGAUCCGAGCUUCUCUUCCAUAAGUUCAAGCAAUUCCACCACCGGAAAACCUUGCAUUGCCUUUGAUAACGUUGCUGAAGGGCUUGCUGGCCUCAGCUCUGAACCAAUCUCUACAUGCUUAAUCAAAUCACCUCCUAGUUUCUUUAUCUCGAUAAACCAACUUGAAGCUUUGCUAGGAUAUAAUUCGAUGCCUCUCAUUUCUUGCGUCGAGGUUUGGUUGUCUGUUUUCAUUUUACUAGUCUUUAUCGCUAGUACCUGUAUCUUCGGUUUUAUCCUCAAGCAACCCAACGCUUAUUCACCACAGUCAAUUACUGACUCUACAGCGAAUACUAUUCUCUUGCGUAAAUCCUGCUCUUUUUCCAAACAAACAACAAAAUGCUGUACUAAUUUUAAUUUUUGUCGCAUAAAGACCAAACGGUUAGUUUCAGCUGAAUAA